AUGUCGCCAGCGACUAGCCUUCUGCGACACGCCGCGCGUCCCGUGGUCGCUCGGUCGCUGGAUGCCACGUCAGCAUUGCGUGGCAUCGCCAGCGCCAUCGUGAUGGGUCCGGGGAAUGUUCCUGGGGAAGGGGGAGCGGCGAGAGGCGCAGCGCCUACGACAGCAGCGCCUGAAGCGUCCGCGCGUGUAGCCUCCGCGCCGUUGGCGGAAGGGGAAAACUUCAAGGUGCUCUUCUGUGGAGACGAGUUCCCCGAAGCCCACACCUACUCCGCCGAGCUGCUACACAAAGAGCCCAACAUGAAAGUUUCCUGGCACCCACGGGCCGAAAUCCCGCGGCAAAUCAGGGACUGCCACGUCGUCGUGCCGCGGAUGACCCGGCUGGACGCGGGAACCAUCGCGGAAGCUUCCAAGCUGCGGCUGAUAGUGCAGUUUGGGGUGGGGCUGGAGGGGGUGGAUGUGGCAGCAGCGACGGCGAGGGGGAUCAGGGUGGGGCGAAUCCCGAGUGCUGAUACGGGGAAUGCUGUGUCCUGUGCCGAGCAUGCCAUCUAUCUUGCCCUGGCGCUCCUCAGAAAGCAGAAGCGCAUGCAGGAGUCCAUUCAGCAGCGGCGCCUGGGACAGCCCAUCGGGCAAACCAUCUUUGGCAAGUCG